UAUAUGUCAGGACCAAAGGGCCUACGAUUACGCUAAGCUGGGAAUGCCAUUGAAUAAAGUGGCCCAUUAUGUCGAACUCAACUAUUACCCCGAUAAAGAAUUACUGGUGAAAUCACAGGGCGGGUGUCUGCGCGCCUGUACCAUCGAGAAUGAAUUCAUAUGCCGAUCGGUGCUCUAUAGGCCCAGCUAUAAGCCGGGCCAACCCAACUGCGCUCUGUACCACUUGGACCACAAAACAUUUCCGGAUGGCGCCGACACAUACACUACUCCCAGUCCAUUACCGUUACUCGACAGCGGAGAGACAACUGCCGUAUAUCUGGAAACGAGUUGCACGAACGAGACCUCAACGCCAGUGCACAGCCAACAGACAGCGGCCGCCUCUAACGGCAAGCCAUCGAUAAUACCGGUGUCCACUCAAUCGCCGGCAAUGCCCACAAUAGCCAUCACAACACCGGUCAGAGAUGACCCAAAUCCGGAGCCGUCGUGCGAUUCUUACGGUGUCUGCUAUGAGGUGUCGUUGAAGUGUACGGACACUCGUAUUGUGGUUAACGUACGCACGAGUAGACCAUUUCACGGCCGGAUCUAUGCGUUGGGUCGGAGCGAGACAUGCAAUUCGCACAUCAGAAACAGCCAACAGUUCCAACUCGACAUGUCUUUGGGCGGUCAGGACUGCAACACUCAAUCGCUGGCGGGUGUGUACACGAAUACAGUGGUACUGCAACACCACAACGUGGUGCUGACCAAAGCGGACAAAGUAUAUCACGUUCGGUGUACUUACGAGACGACGUCGAGGAACGUGUCGUUCGGGAUGAUGCCAGUCAGAGAUCCAUUCGACUCUACCUUUCCCAGGGAUCCCGACACCUUACAGAUCACUUCGUCACCCGAAGCCCCGCUCCCGAAGAUUGUCAUCUUUGGCACCGAUGGACGCGAGGCCAGCACUGUUCGCAUCGGCGACCGCCUGUCCUUCCGUAUAGAGAUUCCCGAACUCACACCCUAUGGUAUAUUUGCCCGAAGUUGUGUCGCUAUGGCUAAGGACGCCAGGAGUACGUUUGAGAUCAUCGAUGAGCACGGGUGUCCAGUGGACAACUCAAUCUUCCCGUCCUUCCUUCAAGUGGGCAACGCUUUGGAGAGCAGUUAUGAGGCCUUCCGGUUCACGGAGUCUUAUGGUGUGAUAUUUCAGUGUAAUGUCAAGUACUGUAUCGGCAAAUGUGAACCAGUCAUCUGCGGUGUCGGCCGCGACAACGUUGAGUCCUGGGGCCGACGCCGUCGGUCCAUACACUCUCCGGCCAAUCAGUUCGAGUCCGACGACGAGAUGACACUCAGCCAUGAGAUUCUAGUUCUUGAUUUCGGUGAUAACGAUAGCGCCAGUAAAGCCAAAUGGGAUCCAUUCAGCUCUAAU